AUGGCGAAAAGCUUGAGUGCCGGGCUGGUUACCAAGGAAGAAGGAGGACGGUUGCUAGGCUGAGAGCUGGUGAUGGCACCUCCCGCCGCGGGGUUUCCAUAGCAACGGCAGGAUGGCGAACGCGAGCGGCCUGACUUAUCCCAGUGUGGGGGCCAGUGGCUUUGAGGAUGAAACUUUGAAACUGCGGCAGCUAAAACUGGAGAACCAGAGAGCUCUUCUGGAAAAGAAACAGAGGAAGAAACGUCUUGAACCCUUGAUGGUGCAGCCAAAUCCAGAAGCAAAAUUACGCAAACCAAAACCCAAAGGAUGUGAGGACCAGGCCCCCUUAGUGGAGCCCCAUGCCCCUCCUCACUCUGAUAUUGUCCUCCAUGGCAUUUGUGGUCCAGCUGUUAUUUUGAAACCAGAGAUACAAGAACUGGGGGCAAAGCUGCAAAUAAUUUCAGUUGGAUCUUCCACAACAGAAGAUGACAUUGAGGGAGAAAAAGAUGAGGAGACUUCAGUGGAUACAGCUUCCAAGAUGGAUCUACAAGACAUCCUACAGAAACGAGGUAUUUCUGGGAGUAUGAAUUUUGAUGAAGAGGAGACUGACGAUGAAGAAGAUGAAGCUGGGAAGCAGUCAGGUUCUUGUUCACCUUGCUUGGAACCUCCGAGGCCUACUUCUGCAAACAGCCAGAAAUCUGCUACACAGGAAAUGGGUGCUUCUGGUGCUGUAUUGUCUGAGACAGAUGCACAGCUUGGAGAAGUGGAGAAUCUGCAGGAGUUUGUGUUACGCCCUGCACCUCGUGGCAUUACAGUGAAGUGUCGGAUCACAAGAGAUAAGAAGGGCAUGGACCGAGGUCUCUUUCCUACUUACUACAUGCAUCUGGAACGUGAUGACAACAGAAAGGUAUUCCUUCUUGCAGGGAGAAAAAGGAAAAAGAGCAAAACAUCAAAUUAUCUGAUUUCAGUUGAUCCAACAGAUUUAUCUAGGGAAGGAGAAAGUUUUGUUGGAAAACUCAGAUCAAAUCUUAUGGGAACUAAAUUUACCGUCUACGAUCAUGGGGUUAGUCCAAUCAAGGCACAGGGACUGGUGGAAAAGGCCCACACCAGGCAGGAGCUGGCUGCUAUUUGUUACGAAACCAAUGUGCUAGGAUUCAAGGGACCCAGGAAAAUGUCAGUUGUUAUUCCAGGAAUGGAUGUAAAUCACCAGCGAAUUCCGAUCAGGCCACGAAAUGAGCACGAGAGUUUGCUGUCAACAUGGCAAAAUAAAAACCUGGAGAACCUGAUUGAGUUGCACAACAAGGCUCCAGUAUGGAAUGAUGAUACGCAGUCGUACGUUUUGAACUUCCAUGGGAGAGUCACUCAAGCCUCGGUGAAGAAUUUCCAGAUUGUCCAUGAAAAUGACGCUGACUACAUUGUGAUGCAGUUUGGCCGUGUAGCAGAAGAUGUAUUCACUUUGGACUUUAAUUACCCCCUGUGUGCGCUUCAGGCCUUUGCCAUUGGGCUCUCCAGCUUUGAUAGCAAACUGGCAUGUGAAUGACAGACAGGGUGCUCCGAGACCUCCGCCUGUUCCUCCCCCUGUGCUAUCAUCUGAGGAAAAAAUGUAUAGGAUAAUCCAGAGAGCAAAAUAUGAAUGAGAAACUAGCAGUUAAAACAUUUGUGUGCUUACCCAGAAGGGUGUUAUUGACCUGAAGGCAAUAUAGGAGACCACAGAGAAUGCUGUAUUCCAAGGUGGAGAACUCUGUGCAUUCCAGGAAGAGAACAAGGAAGAAUGUGAUGCCAAUUUCAUCACUGUAAAUGCAAAGAAUCCUGAGAGCGAGGCUGUCUAGGAGAGAAGGCUCAAGUGUUCUUACUCCCAGAGCAGCUGAACAACACUGUGACUAAGAAUCCCUGCUGCUGGGCUCACAUUAAUGGAGCUUUUCUACCCAUUUGCCUCGGAUGUCUGGCUGGCUGCAUCCUUGAUACUUGCUCUGCUGAUAAUCUGUGCCUCUGUGACAAGAGAAGUCUCAGAUGUCUUGCAACUCUGGUCCAAUUUUUCAGCAAGGUUGGUGGGUGUCUGUUCUUGCUUGUUGCUCUGUAUCUGAUAAAGGUAUUAACUAUAGGAUUAUGUUCUCCAAUGAGAAGUAGAAUUUCACUGGUUGAAGAGGACACAGUUCUAAGUGUGACCCUUACCAGUGUGUCUCCUCUGCUUGAAAAUCUAAUGUGUGACCUCUGCCAGUGCAUCUCCUCCUGCAGUCAUGGAAAUUAAAGAGGUGACUGGAAUGUGGCUGGGUUAGGGGAGAUCCCUGACUUGCCAUGCUACUUUGAAAAGCCAUACAAAAGAUUCUCUGUUUCAUUCAGUGAACAACUUCUUUCUUCUAAAAUUUUGAAUAUGUGUGUUCCUUUUGAGAGAUUUUUUAAAAUAACAGUUCCUGGCCCAUUUUUGCUUGUGUGAAAUGCAACCUUCUUGGACUUGGAAGGUUUGGAGAGAAGAGCUGGUCUUGUGGUAGCAAGCAUGGCGUGUCCCCAAAGCUAAGCAGGGUCUGCUCUGGUUGCAUAUGAAUGGGAGACUAGAAGUGUGAGCACUGUAAGAUAUUCCCCUUAGGGGAUGGAGCUGCUCUGGGAAGAGCAGAAGGUUUCAAGUUCCCUCCUUGGCUUCUCCAAGAUGGGGCUGAGAAAGAUUCCUCCCUGCUACCUUGGAGAACCUGCUGCCAGUCUGUGAAGACAAUACUGAGCUAGAUGGACCAAUAGUCUGACUCAGUAUAUGGCAGCUUCCUGUGUUCCUAUGACUUAUGUCUUGAAUGGAAGAUGUAUAAGGGAAGCUGGACAGCCAUCUGUCAGGGAUGCUGUAGCAGAUUGCUACACUGAGCAGGGGGCUGGAAUGGAGGACCUCCAUGUUCCCUUCCAGCUCUGCAGUUCUGACUCUAUGAAUGUUUCUUUUGAACUUGCUCCAAAAAGGAAGACACUUUCUUGCUUCUUACAUCAUGCAUAACACAGUGGCUGAUGUGACAUCAAAAAGUAUUUGGGAUAGGUACUGGUUUGAAAUAAUUUUAAUACUGCUUUUUGUUUGAAAAAUAAAAUAAAAAUGGAAGAAAAAGUGCAUGUUUGUUUGGCAAAGGAAGUUGAUACCAGUACUAAAGCAAACUAAUUCUUUGUUGUCCAUGGCUGCCUGCAAAUGAGCUGUUCCAAUAAGAAAUGGGGUUUCUUGACCCAAGGGGUCUUUUCUGCAUCUCGGUGACUCCAUGAGCUGAAUAACUGCUUAGUUACAGUUCACUCUUCAGUGAGCCCCUUGUACAACUCCUCCUGUAGAUUGCCGUGAGGUGUUGUGGUCUGUGUUUUCAAAGGACAUAAACAGCUGAAUAACUUUUGCUAUCUGGAGCUGCUCUCCCCCACCCCGCCCUGCCCAAAUUCUGGACUUCUAUUAAUAUGCCAUCAUGCCUGGAUAGCAAUGAAAGUUCAGAAUUGGGAACAGAAGAAGAGCAGUUCAAGAUAGCAAAAGUUAUUAAGCUGCUGAUGAUCUUUGGAAACACAGACCUCAACACUUGAUAGUAAUCUACAGGAGCCUUUCCAGACAGCAGGCAUUACUGUGGGUUUACUGCAAGUUUGGGGCAUAUCGGAUACUCCAACACAAAAGUGGAUUUUUUUUACCCCAGACAUAAAUCUGGCUAGGCUGCAAUACACAGGGGAAAACCUGAAUUGUGUAUGGAGUGGCCUUUGAUAUGUUGUGCUGACUUACGGAUAAAUCUGGCCGAUACGUGCAUGCACACACCCUCCAUUCCGAUGGAGAUGCGAGCUAAAAGCUCCAUCUGGGAAUGCUCCAGGAGGAGUUGUACAAGGUGUGCACCGAAGAAUGAACUGUAGCAAAGCAGAUGCUCAGCCCACAGAGCCACUGAGAUCCAAGACCUGUUUGGUUAAGAUUCUUAAUGCAAUCAAAAUCCCUGAGCACUAGUAGCAAAUAUUCACCUGCCAUUUCUUUCCAAAGCAAUGCAAUUUUAUCAAUGUCUUCUAAUGGGCAAAAUAAAAAAUGUCCUCCUUCAUUAUAAAAAAUAAUUCCUGUAUUUUGCUUUAAAUGACUGUUUUCUCACUCAGAAAAUGCUGCCUGUUGAGCUGUAAUUGCCUUCAAUGAGAUGUUCCCAUUGUGUGCUUGUGUGGAACUAAGAUGAACGGAUAUGUGUGUUCCUCCCUCUCACUGUCUCACUGGACUAUGGUCCUGCCUUGUGUCUUCAUGUAUAUUUGGUUUAUCCUCGAAAGCUGAAAACUUGGCAGAGCUGCAUUGGCUGUAUUCCUUGCUGACUGCCCUGUGCCUCUUUGGUCUAUAAAAUGUGUAACCAGGGUCUACAGAGUUAAAAACAAAAACACUUCUUGCUAGUUCAGAAGGAUAUUUUUGUUUUCAUGGAGGACAGACUUCCUUCACUUCUCUCUCCAGCUGUGCCAGCCAUCAAAGAACCUUAUUCUUAUUUUGAGUUUGGUAUUUUUUUGGCCCUGUCCCUAACAGAAUAUCAACAACUUUGGAAUAUGAUAAUUGAUUUCGCAUAUAGCUUGACAAGGUUCUUGGGUUACCUGAAAUGUCUUCUGUCUCAAAGAUAAAUGAUCUUCCUACUUGCUUUCAGCCAGUUGAAUCUUUGGCAUAUCUACACUUAAAAUGGUUUAACAGUCAUUUUCUUUCUCCAGCAAACUCUGGGAACUGUAGUUCUGAAGGUGGAGCCAGGAACAAUUCUCCACACCCUUGCCAAACUGUAAUUCUCAUUAGGGAUGUGCACAGAACUGGUGGGGGCUGGUUUGACGGUGGCGGGGGUAGCUUUAAGGCGGGGGGGGUCACUUAACCCCCCUUCCCACUGUAUUUCCCCUGCCGGUGUGCGAGUCCCUAAAAGCCCAUCGGGGUG